UGUGUAUGUGUAUGUGUAUGUGUAUGUGUAUGUGUAUGUGUAUGUGUAUGUGUAUGUAAGCGUGCUUAUGUGUGGGGUGGGCUUAUGCUUUUUGUCUAUGUUUGCAUCUGUGUGAAGCUGUAAGUAAAACUGAGAGAGAGAGAGCUAGAGACAGAGAGAGAGCUAGAGAGAGACAGACAGAGAGAGAGAGAACGAUGACGUGUUACUCACCUGAAUGCCCCGAGAGCGGGGCUUUAUAAGCUCGUCACCUGCGGUCUACCUGUCGUGUACCUGGCAGGGCGGCUGCGCAGCCUGUACGUCCCACUGUCAAAGCGCGAAGAUCGCUGCUGCCUAGAGGGUCUGGUGUUGAAGCAGUUGCCAGGCACCCGGUGUGUCCCAGGCUCUCGUCUGCUGGCCACCCGCUCUGCUGGCACUGUGCCUUCGUCUCUUUCUCUGGGACCCGGGCAUCAGCCUCCACCGCCUCGUACUCAAGGUAUCAGCCACAUCAAAGACGACGACGACAACGUGAGAACAUAAUCUACAGCCACCAUCUUCAGACAAAAACAAACCUUUACAAUAGCCACGCAUAUCCUGGUUUCCUCCGUGAUCAUUAAAACAGGAAGAAAAAACUUUUUAAACUUUUCUGGAUAUUCAUCGCUACAGACAUCGAAGUUGUAAUAAUCUUGAAGCCUUAUUUUGGGGAAGCUGAGCACAUCGAGUUUCUUCCUUGCUGCAAAAUUUAGUCACCUGGUGACAGCUGUGUUCAAGGUGUGCCUCCUCUUCUUUUAACAUCGGAAGUUGCUACAGCACCGAAAGGAUGGCGCCCGUGGCCGCGGUGCCCAUGACCAAGUUGUCGCUCGUAUUCAUGUUGUCAUUGCUGAGAGACGACCCGAUGGUCGACUUGCAUUCUGUCACCAAACAUCACUGGGCCUACAAAGGUAGUGAAGGGCCGGACAACUGGCCAGUCCACUACCCCAAGUGCAGGGGGGAGCAGCAGUCACCUGUUAACAUCGAUACCCACUCUUGCUUGUAUGACCCGACACUCACUGACUUCACCCUCAUCAACUUCAACAGGACCAGCAGCUCCGUCGACGUCGGCUGCAAGCUCAACUUCACCAACAACGGGCACUCAGCCUCAGUCCGGGUGAUGAGUGACAUGGCGGUGGAGGGCGGGGGACUGGAUGGGAGGUAUCGCACGGCGGAGUUCCACUUCCACUGGGGGGACAUGGAUGACGUCGGUUCCGAGCACGCCGUUGAUGGUGCGAAAUAUCCUCUGGAGAUGCACGUAGUGAGCUACGCGGAGAAGUACGGGACACUGAUGAACGCCAUGGAGAAGCCGGAUGGACUGGCUGUGCUCGGAGUUCUCUUCCAUAUUUCGGAGCAAGAUAACCCUGCAUUCGCGCCUCUGGCAGAUACUCUGCAAUAUAUACACAAAGCAGGCGAGCACCGGACUGUGGACGGCGUACAGUUGCGAUCCUUGCUGCCAGAGGACACGUCACGCUUCUGGCGCUACGCCGGAAGUCUGACCACACCCAGGUGCUACGAGAGUGUCACGUGGACUAUCUUUGAACAGCCGCAGAAAGUUUCCGUCAAACAGCUGAGCCAGCUGAGGCACCUGCUGCACGAGGAAGGUCACUUUGAGGCCCACGAUCACGGGUCCGCUCACAGCGCCAGCGACCAGCCCAACAGCCCCAGUUACCUGGUGAACAACUGGCGCCCUCUGCAGCCCCUGCACAAACGCAGGGUCAGAACCAGUUUUCGAACUCCAGGCCAGUCGCCUGUGACGACCCAGCCAAGAGAUAAACCUGAGAAAGGGUCGAAUGAUAUUCUGACUUCCGGUGCAAACGCCCAACCGUCUCCAUCUGUCACGGAGAGCAUGAUGAAUGAGUCUCGCAGCUCUUUGAAUGUAACCUCCUCUCCUGAGGUCACCACGGCCUCAUUAGGCCAGGACACAGCAAGCCAGACGUCAGGACAGACAUCAGAGCUGACAUCGUUGUCUCAUUCCUCUGUUUCAUCAACGCCAGUUCCUGCACAGAAGGAGGAGCAGUCAGGUCACGUGACAACCACCGUUGCCAACACUACAGGGUCCAGUGUAGCGCCUUCCAUCCCGGAUACCUCGCCGGAGAUGCUGGUAGUUACCUCGCCUGGCAAUGAUGGUGGUGCAAUCGCCGCAUCGGCUUCAGCUGCACCCGAGUAUAACACACUCUCCAUUUUCGAAGCACCUCCUGACAAGAUCGGAAUCCCGCCGUCAGCCCUAAAUGACGGCCCUAUCAACGCGGCUAUGGAGAGGCCCUAUCUCCUGUCCAGAGCCAACCACGUCAACGAAGCGAAGCACCCGCAGUCGACCUCGCAAGGUAAACAAGGGGAAGCCCAGACAAACCCUGGCGACUCCCAGAAUAUACUAUCUCCCCCUGCAGCCUCCAUCGCAAAUGAUAGCUCCUCGAGCACGGCAACUACGUCGGUCGUUCCUACUGCGCCAUCUGACGAAAAAUCGUCGUUGUUGUCGUCAAGAGAGCCGAGGCUGAAAGAACUCUCCCAGCGUCUGAGACAGUUUCUUCCCCAGGAAGGUCGCUACGCCCAGACGACCGUUCAGUUGCAGGAGACGCCAUUCGCAGGUCGGUAUCGAGGUCCUGUGAACAUGGAAACCACUGCCCAGCCUCAGUUUCGACGUCCGCUGCUGUACUCUUCCAUCAGAAACAUCGACAACAGCCUGUCUCAGCCUCCAGCCACCAAUCACCUACUCGCACCUCACCCACAGCAGGGAGGAGGCUGGAGUUUGAACGCCCCUCGUGUAACCGGUCUGCAGUCCGGCCAGACGAUGAACCACCUGCUGCAGUCCCUCCGCUCCAGCCUCUACGUCAGGCCCACCCGCUACGGCACGGCGACGGACACGCGGUACGGCACCACUACCCACACCAGCGCCCUGUCGCCACCCGACUUCAGCAGGCUGCUGCACAGGGCCUACCCUGUCUUUUCGCCAGCUGCGCAGGUGUUGGGUGCGCCAGGUGAAGCGACAUUCGAUGCACCCUUUGUCUUCUUGCAUAACUUUGACCAGCCUAUGCUGAUUCGGAGACGAUUUUACGGGGGUUUGAACAGUCAGCCCAACGGAUUAUACUGAAGCAGUGACAAAGUGACUAGUCUGAAAUGCGAGAAUCUUUCUUCCACUGAAAAACCAUCUUUCUUUUGUUGGUGAGGAAAAAAAGACGACGGAAAGCUC